UAAGACAACAUGAUAAAUAUAAAAAUCCCUUUAUAUACAUUUGGAACAGCCAUCAAUCACAUUAACUUAAGAGAAUUAGAUUAAUCUCCAUCAAAAUCCACUUAAAUUUUAUUGCAAAAUUCUACAUUUAAUAUUUACAUUUGCCAUUUCUCUCAACUUUCUAAAGACUUACUUAUCAACAAAAAUGUCAUUUUAUUAAUUUAGUUUGAAGAACUAAUAGAGUUUGAUGAACAAUUAUAGAAUUUAUUUGAUCUUAUUCAUUUUGCAUAGUAAGCAUUUUUAUUAAAAUAGAGUCAAGAAAGUUCUUUGUCUCAUUGUUUUAAAAGAAUCAAUUAAAAAAUGUUAAUGGAAAAUAGACAUUGUUAAAAAAUAUAUUGAGAUUAGUACUUAAAAAUUUAUAGUUCCUAAUUACUCCUAACCUAACUACAAUAUCUAAUCUAUUCAAUCUGAAUAAAAUAUCUUAAAUUAAUUAUACUUUUUCUAAACAACUCCUAUAGAUCCAGAUUUUAAUAAAAAUAAUGAUGUAUUAAUGUAAAUUUUGUCUCGAAACAAAAAUGAAUUAGAAGUAGCACUUAUUAAAGGAAUCAUCAUUUCAUCUGAUUUUUGCUUUUUUGAAAAUUAAAAUGCUGAAAAUAAAAAAAUUUAAAUUAUUGAAAUUGAAGGAAAUUUAAAUUACAGAUAUUCCAAUUAAGAUAAUCAAAUAUUUCGUAUUAAAAUCAGUGAUGAUACAGAAUUGAAGAAUUAAAGUUUUAUAUCAAAUAAUCCAUUUUAAAUUAAACAAUUUACGGAAAUUAUAGUAUUCAAAGCGAAAUUUAAUUCAAUAAAAUCAGAAGAGAAUUUUUACAUGAAUUACAGAAAAACUUCAAAUAUGUCUGUUUUAAUAGGAGGAGAAUAAUGUAAUUAUUUUAUAAUAAAUGUAGAUGAUAUAAAAAACUUAGAAUUCUUUAAUUCAACUUCUUAUAAUAAAUUUAAAUUAACUUUGUCUAGUUCAAAAUUUGUUUGUGUACAACAAUUUUCAUCAGAAAAAGGUUUAAGUAUUAAUAAUUAGCUUAUGUAAAUAUAAUAAUAAUACUUUUAGAAUAAUAGAUAAAGUCUCUGAAGAGAUAAUAGCUUUUGGAGAAGUCGAAGAAGAUAACUUUUAAAUAAACUUAACUUAAAAUAUACAUUAAUAGUAAAUUAUAUAGGAGAUAGAGGAAUUCUACCUUCCAUUAAAUGAUGAAGAUAUUUUAUAAAAUAUAGCAAGAGGAGAAUUAUAAUAAAAAGGGAAUCACAUAAUCAAAUGUAGAAUUUGUAUGGAAAAUUGUUCUAAUACAUUGUUGAUUCCAUGUGGUCAUUUACGUUAUUGUUUUGAUUGUUCUGCAGAUAUUUAAGACUGCCUUUUUUGUGAUUCUAAAAUUUUAUCUAAAAAAAAAAUAAAUGUGAAAUUAAUAUAAUAAAAUCAAAACGAAUUAUUAAAAGAUUUAAUGUGGAAAUACUAAGAUUUACUUAGAUUUUCAUUACAGUAAAACAUAAAUGUUGAAUAAAAUUUAAAAAUAAAUAGAAUUAAAAAUCAAAUAAAUUUUAAUUAAUAUUAUUGUUAGAAAUGCAAUAAAUCUAAAGGAACUCGAUUUGUAAAUUGUGAAAAAAAUCAUUUAAUUAAUUAUUGUGAAGAGUGCUCAAAACAAAUUAAAGAAUGUGAACUAAAUGGUUGUAAUUAAAAUUAACUUCAUAAAGGAGAAAUAUAAUUUAAGUUUGAUGAGUGA